UCCAUUGUGCAAUAUUGAAAACCAUUCAAUUUAGGUAUGGGAACAACAGUAAGUGAUGACGUUCAGAAGAUAACAUUUCAUAAUCAUCGCCCACUACUGUCGCAUUUUUAUGUUGGACCAUUCUUGUUUCUUUACACUCUCUGGGCUGCUUUUGCAUUUCAGACUGAACAUUCCAUUGAGGUUAUAUCCAUAGCUCUUGCAGCAUGUGGCAUAUUACACGUACUUUGUGGAUUAUUUUGCGUAUGGAGUGUGGAAUGGAAGACGUUGUGUAUGUACUCAACAAUACCUGAUGCUCUUAAUGCUACUUUAGCUAAAGUUGUUCCUACUAAAAACAAUGGCAGCACUGUACUUUGUCCUAUAAACAAACGAUCAAAGAGUGAUGGGUCUGAAGAGUUGUGGAUUGAUUUUCAGCAAACUAAGUACCAUUGUUUGGAUGGAAAAUUCUUUCAUCCAGUUCCCUUUCCUGUGAAUUCUCCACUGCAGGAUUACAUAGGCACAAAAGGGCUUGGGAGUGAUCAAAUAAAAGAGGCUGAAACGACAUGGGGUUCCAAUGAGAUGAGGAUAGUUCUUCCUACCUUCCAAGAAUUAUUUGUAGAGAGAGCCACAGCUCCAUUCUUUGUCUUCCAAGUGUUCUGUGUUGGACUUUGGUGCUUGGAUGAGUAUUGGUAUUAUUCUCUGUUUACUCUUGGUAUGUUGGCUAUGUUUGAAGCUACAGUUGUAAAACAACAAAUGAAAAGCAUGUCAGAAAUCAAGAAAAUGACACAGGAGCCCUACAUUAUGAACGUGUACAGAAACAAGAGGUGGGAGAAGGUAAAGUCGAACCAGCUGUACCCUGGUGACCUUGUCUCUCUGACACGCCGUAGUGAGACAGUCCCUGCUGAUCUGCUACUCUUACAUGGACAGUGUGUAGUAGAUGAGAGCAUGUUGACUGGAGAGUCAGUUCCUUUAAUGAAGGAAGCAGUAGUAUCAGAGGACGGGAGUUGCUGUUACCAAGGCAACCUUGAUUUAGAUGCACACAGUAGGCUACAUGUAGUAUUUGGGGGCACUAAAGUCAUACAACACACAGCAGCAACCAACAAACAAUUCUUAAAAUCACCGGAUGGAGGGAGUCUGGCGUACGUUUUGAGAACUGGUUUCAACACUGCUCAGGGUAAACUGCUGCGUACUAUAAUGUACAGUGUCCAGCGAGUCACUGCUAACAACUUUGAGACCUUUAUGUUCAUACUCUUCCUCCUUCAGUUUGCUAUUGCAGCUAGUGCUUACGUAUGGAUUGAAGGAUCUAAAGAUCCAGACCGUAACCGGUACAAACUAUUCCUGGAAUGUACCCUGAUUUUAACAAGCGUAGUUCCACCUGAACUACCAAUAGAGCUUUCUCUUGCUGUUAACAGUUCCCUUCUCAGUCUCAUCAAAAUGGGUAUUUACUGUACAGAGCCGUUUAGAAUACCAUUCGCUGGGAAAGUGCACGUGUGUUGUUUUGAUAAGACCGGAACAUUAACCUCCGAUAAACUUGAACUAACAGGAGUUUGUGGGUUGUCAGACAAAUCUGACUUAAUGCAAAUAAAUGAAGUUCCCAUAGAAACAUGCCAAGUGCUAGCCACAUGUCACUCCCUAAUGCAUGUUGAAGAUAAACUGAUAGGGGACCCAAUAGAGAAGGCUACUUUAUCAGUGCUCCCCUGGACUCUGACUAAAGGGGACGUGGUCAUGUGCAGGUCUCUCAAACAGAGCCUCAAAAUUCAGAAGAGGUUCCAUUUUAAUAGUACUCUCAAACGGAUGAGUGUAAUAGUUAGCAAGCAGGAUGCGGCUUACAACUGCGAGUACUUCAUCAUGACAAAAGGAGCCCCUGAAGUUAUCAGAAAUAUGUUGAAGGAGGUACCAGUAAACUACGAUUCUACACACAAACAGUACACUCUACAAGGGGGCAGAGUAAUUGCUUUAGCCAGGAAGUCGCUUGGAAAAGAAGUCACAGUAAGGGAUGUUCUGAGAGAGGAGGCUGAAAACGAUUUGGAAUUCUGCGGAUUUGUGGUAUUCUCCACUCCAUUAAAGAAAGAGUCGAAGUCUGCCGUGGCAAUGCUGAAAGAAUCGUCCCACUACGUUGUUAUGAUAACAGGAGACAGUCCACUGACAGCUUGUUAUGUGGCUAACCAACUUCGGAUCACUAAAAAGAUAUUGAUUCUAACUGAUCACGAGGAUGGGUGGAGAUGGGAGACCCCUGAUGGUGCUGUAACUUUUCCACUCCACCAAGAAGACAAAUCUUAUUCUCUUUGUCUAACAGGCCCGGGCAUGAAUUUCUGCGUGAAUACUCCUGCAACUAAGAAAAGGUCGCUAUUUGAUGAAAUAGUUACUCGUGUGCUAGUGUUUGCUCGGGUUACUCCCAAGCAAAAGGAGGAAGUUAUCACUACUCUUAAAUCUCAAGGAUUAGUAACAGUGAUGUGCGGUGACGGAACGAAUGAUGUAGGAGCUCUGAAACACGCUGAUGUUGGGGUGGCUAUCAUUUCCAAUGCUCCUGAGGUAAGGCCAGAGAAAAAGGUAUUACAAGAGAAGCAAAGCAUGAAGACAACAAUAAUGCAGCAAUUAGCUCAGGCCAAAGGAGAUCGAAAGAGUUCUGUGUUGGAGAGACAGAAGAUGUUGGAGGAGAAGUUGAAGGAAUUGCAAGCAGAAGAGGAUACUUUAGUGAAAUUGGGGGAUGCGAGUAUCGCCUCCCCAUUCACUAGCAAGUACAGCAGUGUCAAGUGUAUCUGUAAUAUCAUCAGACAGGGACGGUGUACCUUGGUUACAACAUUACAAAUGUUUAAGAUUCUGGCACUGAACGCUCUGAUAAUAGCUUACUGUCAAUCUGCCUUAUACCUUGAUGGAGUAAAGUUCAGUGAUGGACAAGCGACACUACAAGGGUUACUAUUAGCGGGUUGUUUCCUCUUCAUCUCCCGAUCUAAACCUCUAGACAAACUGUCCAAGGCCCGUCCUCACGCCAAUAUAUUCAACACCUACACUAUCCUCACAGUGGUGCUGCAGUUCUGUGUUCAUCUCUACACUAUAAUCCGGCUUGUUGACAAAUGCCACGAGUUGGAGCCGCGCAGACCUAGCAUUGAUCUGGAGGCUGAGUUCGCUCCUUCUCUACUCAACUCCAUAGUCUACAUAGUGUCAGUCACCUUGCAGCUCAAUACAUUUGUAAUCAACUACAGAGGACACCCCUACAUGGAGUCUCUGAGAGAGAACAAACCCCUCUGCUACUCAUCCGUCUUCACUGCUACUUUCAUGGCAAUCCUAACAUUUGGCAUCGCGCCAGAAAUAAACAAAGAAUUCUCCCUCCUGGUCCUUCCCGAUCCUAUACAGAACGAAGUGUUUAUCGCUCUUCUUCUGGACUCUGUGCUUACAUUCCUUAUAGAUAGAGUUCUCCUUUUUAUAUGCGGAGAUGCUAAACUUAAACCCCUUUACUAAUAUAUUACCCGCUUAGUGUUUCUAAACCCACUUAGUUUUACUAAACCAAUACUGACCAUGUCUGCAGCUUUUCGCCUUCUUUUCCCCAGAUUUGUUUGCGUAACUAUUGGUUUUUAUUUUCAUCGCUUUACUUUGGGUUUUUAGCCGAUAUAUAAAUUAUUCCAGUUAUCUCGGUGAUAAUGUUGAUGAAGUUUUUGUGGGUCUAUAAUUAUUAAUACUAGUUCAAUGGUAAUAAGUAGUUCAUUAGUGAUCGGACUUUAGUGAUUCUGCGUAGUUAGCAUAGUCAGUAAUGACCCUACAUUACAGUAACUGUAGUAGUAACUAGUAACCCUACAUUAAAGUAAAGAACAUCGUAGAUUUACCUCAUUUAGAAGUACAACCAGACAUGUACAUCACUAAUAAAAUCUAUUUCAGUUGAUUAAUCUUACGUUCAAUUUCUUGUUAUUUGUUUCUAGGAUUCGUUAUGUUAAAUUCUGGUUCUUCACUUUAUUUAGUUUAAAUCAAUUCUUUGGA